CCCACUUGCCUAAAUCCGCAAAGAUUAAUUCUUUCUGCCGAAUAAUCAACGCCGUACAAUCUUCUUGUACAACUACUUAUAUCAAGAUUGUAGUGCAGUCCAAUAUGACAGAAUCCGACAGCGAGGUUAGGCGUCAGUGGUCGCCCACUCGAGAAGAAUAUUCUCAGCUAUGGAAAGAUUCCCGCUUAUCCAUUCCGCCUUUAAUUCGCAUUCCAGCUGCGGCGUUGACAGCAUUUGGUGUAGGCAUGACUUUGGGUCUCGCCCAAGGUAGUAAGAUGGCCGGCUUACGGUUUAGAGCCGAACAUGCUCACAGACUACCUACAACUACAACCGGGUGGUACCUAUAUCACAAGAGCAAGAACUACCAUCUGGCAUAUGGUGGGUUGAAGGAAGGAUUUAAGGUCGGUGUGAGGCUCAGUGUUCUGAGUACCUCCAUGUUCUGCGCCGAGAAUCUGUUUGAUGUAUACCGAGGCACCAAGGAUCUUUUCAGCACCGUGAUGGCCAGUCUAGCUGUGGCUGGUGGCUUCAGUUUUUGGAAUCGCUUUUCAGCUGCGGAAACUGCGAGGACUGCUAGAAAAGGCCUCAUAUUCGGAUUCGCAUACGGUGCUGUCCAGGACAUGGUGUCUCUUGCCAAAGGUCGGUCUGUUGGGUAUAUCGAGUUCAUCCGGAGGCAUAUCGGAAAGGUCACUCAACUUGAGGAGAAGACGACGUGAAACUAGGGUUGUUAACAUCACGGAUUUGAGGUAGACACCCACUUACAUCCGCGUUGUGCCGAGAGCGUCGCAAAGGGCUAUAGGCUUUAGCUCGGUCUCGGCCCUGACAGUACAUAUAUCUACACUGCGGCUCCAUGCAUAGGAGUAGUGCUAUAAUAACCGCACUAGACAGCUUACCCACUUGUUCGGAUGGGACGCGGUGUCUACCUACCUAGGUACAUUAUAGGGGAACAUAAAGGCCGUCAUGGCUACUAAGACGUUGGUAGAAUGCCGUCAAAAAAGAUACUAGCCAUCGCAGUAUAAGUCAUGGUUUUUGACGGCAUUCUGCCUGGUGAGGAUUGUGUCUAAGAGACAUGAUCACGGGCUAGUUAGCCAAUAAGGCACGUGGCUUACUCGAGAUCAAGUUACGUUAUAGUUUACCCGACAGAACAUCAUUAUGAAUCAGCGGGUUCGGC